AUGCCGUCUCUCGCUUUCGGUCUCAAUUCCGCCAAGUCGUCCUCCGGUGUCUCGAAGCCUGCGCAGAAACGCAAAGCGUUCUUCGACGACGACGACGACGAUGCAGGCGAGGAGAUCGCUGCGGCACCUGCACCUGCAUAUGGAGCGAAGAAGACCUCAAAGCCUCUACGGCCCCUAAAAGACCUCGAUGAUGGCGCCGAUGACGGAGAGCCGCCGAGCAAGUCCCACAAGCUCUCUCAGUACGGGCUGCAACUCCCCAAGUCAAAAUCCGCUGGAUCAGCAACGGGCACGGACAAAUAUGUCAACCUGUCGGCACUGCGCAGUGCCAAACUGCACGACGAAGAGGCUUCAAAGAUAGAUGCAUCGGUCUACGACUACGAUGCGGCCUACGAGACCUUCCACGCAGAGAAAGAGAAGACAUCCAAUGAGGCGGGCGCUCCUUCGGGACCCAAAUACAUGGGCUCGCUCCUGCAGAGCGCCGAGGUGCGGAAACGAGAUCAGCUCCGGGCCCGGGAGAAGCUCCUGCAGCGUGAGAGAGAAGCAGAAGGAGAUGAGUUCGCCGACAAGGAGAAAUUCGUGACCGGCGCGUACAAGAAGCAGCAGGAGGAGAUUAAGCGCAUGGAGGAGGAAGAGAAGAAGCGAGAAGAAGCGGAGGAAGAGCGGCGCAAGCAAGGCGGGGGCAUGACCGCUUUCCACAAGCGCAUGCUCGAGAAGGACGAAGAGAGAAUGCGGCUGAUCAAGGAAGCAGAAGAGGAGGCGGCAAGGAGAAAGGAAGGUGGUGUGCAGGAAGAAACGCCAAUCGAGGAAGAGAAGUCGGAAGCGAAGAUGGCCGAGGAACUGAACAAGCAAGGAGCACACAUCGUCGUCAACGACGAAGGGGAGGUGGUCGACAAACGACAGCUCCUGUCUGCUGGCCUGAACGUGGCGCCCAAGAAGCCCGGGAAAGAGCACCAGCCCACCGCAAGAGCCGAAUCUGCUCGCAAGGAUGAGUACUGGAAAUCGUCCAAGGCAGUGGAUGCACGCCAUGCUCAGCGCGAGAGACAGUCACGCAUGAUGGAGCGACAGAUUGAGGAGAUGAUGGAGAAACAGCAGCAGGCCGAAGCGGAGGAGGAGAAGCAACUGCAGGACAAGGUCAAGAGCAAGGUCAGCGAAGCCGACAAGAUGAGCGCCCGAGAGAGAUUUCUGCAGCGGAAACGCGAGAGAGAAGAGGAAGCAAGGAAGAAGAAAGAGGCCGGCGGUUGA